AUUUUCAUCAAAUUGGGCCACAAACAUUAAUCGAAAUCUCCCCAAGGUCCAUGAUCAAGGAGUACUAACUCAAUAGGGUAAAGUGGUAAACCACCGAAGAGCAGCCACCCUCGCAGGUCCAUCCCAGGGCUCCCAGGGUGGUCUACACCCAAGCUUCCGGCGGGAAGGAUAUUUCUGAGGGAAGUCGCAGGUGGAAGCAGCUUUUUGGAGAAGUAAGCAGCUGUAGUUUAAACUCAAAGGAACAGAAGGGAAUUUCACAAAUACCUUCUCGAUUACAAGCAUUUUUGGCGGGAUAUUUAAUCAAACAACUAAUUACGGAGUAUUAUCUUUGAUAAAUAGGUUAUAGAUUUCGUAACCCAAAACAGAGGUGGUUUAAGAUGAGGCACGGAAGAAGAGGAUCCGGCGGCGGCGUGGAGUUCAUAGUGCUCCGCAGACGCAUAGAAGCAUGUAGAAGCAAGUGCUCCACCGUCGAGCAGAUCGUGAGCCACCUCCGCUCUGCUCAUCCCGACUACAGCCGGAAGAAGUUGCAGCCAUUUACCAAACGAGUACAGGACGUUUUCCAAACCAUUAACUCUAGAGGCGUCUUGGUCGAUAAAAGCAGCGGCGACGAAAUGAAUCGCCCCAGUAAGAUGCAAAGGAGAAUCGACGAUAGGGAGAAGCGGUUGCAGUGUAUUGAAGCCCAACACCUCAGGAAGCAAGCCACGCACCAGGAAUCGUCGUCUCCUGUAUCAGAAUCUUCAUCCGAGAGUAGGAGUGAUCGUACGCCUACUUCAUCCUCAUCAGUGGACGCUAUUUAUGGAGAGAAGGUUGAGCCCAAACACGAUUUAAUGCGGUCCUUGCUCCGUGAACAAUAUAGUGAACAGAAGGUGAAAACAAAUCCCAAAUCGAAUGCCAAGUUAAUGGAAGUGGAGGUUGUGAAUAACAAUGAUAAGGUGAAGAAUAAACUUGCCUUAUUGAAAGGGAAACCCCCUUUACCAUCCCCACGAGAUUCUACCUAUGGUAAAAAGGAGCCAGAGUUUGGGAGAACAGGAAUUCAAGGGAAUGCUGAAAAGCCUAAUGUUGGGCCAAAGUUUAAGGACCUAGGAGGGAUGGGUUCUGUGGUAGAGGAACUGAAGAUGGAGGUGUUGGUUCCAUUGUACCAUCCUCAACUGCUGACACAUUUAGGAAUCAAGCCAAUGUCUGGAAUCCUCUUUUAUGGGCCACCAGGGUGUGGAAAGACAAAACUAGCUCAUGCCAUUGCGAAUGAAACUGGAGUUCCCUUUUACAAAAUCUCUGCUACUGAAUUGGUCUCUGGAAUUUCAGGAGCAUCAGAAGAGAAUAUACGCGAGCUGUUCUCAAAGGCAUACAGGACAGCACCAUCUAUUAUAUUUAUUGACGAGAUUGAUUCCAUUGCCUCAAAAAGAGAAAAUGUGCAGAGGGAAAUGGAACGACGUAUUGUGACACAAUUGAUGACUUGCAUGGAUCAAUCACAUAGAACCGUGGAGUGUUCAGAUGGGAAUUCUUCUUCAGAGCACUUAGAUGGGGGGCAUGGAAAUGCAUUUCCAGAAGGUUCUGAUGCAAAAUCUGGACAUGUUUUAGUUAUUGGUGCUACAAACAGACCUGAUUCCAUUGACCCUGCGUUGAGGAGACCAGGUCGAUUUGAUCGUGAAAUUGUUUUAGGUGUUCCGGAUGAGAAUGCUCGGUUUGACAUUUUGUCCGUGCUAACACGUAAUCUCAAAGUUGAAGGUGUGUUCGAUCUCAUGAAGAUAGCAAGAUUGACCGCGGGAUUUGUUGGGGCUGAUUUGGUUGCUUUGACAAAUAAAGCCGGAAACCUUGCAAUGAAGAGGAUUAUAGACCAGAGAAAAACUGAUCUCUCCAGAAUACCAGUAGAUGGUAAACAGAAUGAAGAGUGGUGGAAAGAACCAUGGUCUCCUGAAGAGAUGGAAAACGUCAGCAUUACCAUGGCUGAUUUCGAGCAAGCAGCCAAAAUGGUUCAACCUUCUUCCAGACGGGAGGGAUUUUCAUCUAUUCCAAAUGUUAAAUGGGAAGAUGUUGGAGGGCUUGACUUGUUGAGGCGGGAGUUUGACCGUUAUAUUGUUAGGCGUAUCAAGCAUCCAGAGGUGUAUGAGGGAUUUGGAGUGGAUUUGGAGACAGGAUUCUUGCUAUAUGGUCCACCAGGUUGUGGGAAAACAUUGAUUGCAAAAGCUGUUGCUAAUGAAGCUGGAGCCAAUUUCAUUCAUGUUAAGGGUCCUGAGCUUCUGAGCAAGUAUGUUGGUGAAGGAGAAUCUAACAUCCGAACACUAUUCAACCGUGCAAGGACAUGUUCUCCAUGCAUUAUUUUUUUUGAUGAGGUGGAUGCUUUGACAACCGAACGUAAUAAAGAAGGGAGUUAUGUUAUAGAGCGGAUGUUGAACCAGUUGCUGAUAGAAUUAGAUGGCGCAGAAACACGGAAGGAUGUUUAUGUGAUCGGAGCAACAAAUAGGCCAGAAGCAAUGGACAGGGCUCUAUUACGGCCUGGAAGGUUUGGAAAGCUUCUUUAUGUCCCACUCCCAAGUCCAGAUGAGCGAGGGCUCAUUUUAAAAGCUCUAGGAAGAAAAAAAUCUAUAGAUCCUAGUGUAGACUUAGCAGCCUUGGGCAGAGAUAGCUUUUGUAACAACCUAAGUGGGGCCGACCUCUCAUCACUGAUGCUCGAAGCUGCUAUGGCUGCUGUUGAUGAGAAGUUGGAGUCAACAAACAUGAGCAUGGAUGGGAUAUCAACUUCCAUUAAAGAUGCUCAUUUCAAAAUGGCGCUGAAAAAAGUUUCUCCCUCAGUUUCACAGGAGCAAAUAGAGUAUUACAAGAUUCUGUCUGGGAACUUCAAAACAGUGUGACCGGUGGGAUGUUUUAAUCUGUCUGGCUUGUUCAUAAUGAGAUUUUGAUGCUAUUGCGGUCAUUGUGGACAAAGAAGCUUUGCAAUUCUGGAGACAAUUUUGUAGAUACUCUUUCUUGAUCCCUCAACGUUGGAGAGAAGAUUUUAAGCUCUUGGGACAGCUCUUAAUGUUCGACGAUGAUACAAUUCAUACAAACGAUAUUUUAUGCUCUACGGAUUAUGUGUUUAUUAUUAAUUAAUUGUUUUGUAUUAUAAACAUUUAACAUGAUAAAAAGAAUAGGCAGGCAAUUGCUUCAACAACUUUGAGAUUUAAGAUGUCCUUGGAUGCAUAAAUGCAGUUAGAAGUGAGGGAGUUGCAUUCUCUUG